AAAAUAUCCCAAAAAUGUUUUGAUUACAUUACUUUUGAGGUUAGAAGUGGAGCAUUGUGCAGAGUUUUCGUAUUGAUAUUAAGACUAUUACAAGAGUAAAACUUUUUUUUGCGUAUCUGAGUAUUCACUAAGAUAAUUUCGUCAAAACUCAAACUUCUCUCGUGUUGAGAAUAUCAUUUUAUAGAAAUAAACACGUUAAUUGACAAACAGGUUAUUGCAAACUUACGAGAAAUAAAUCCAGAAUCGCAGAGGUUCGUCAAUAUGCUGAAAACUUUUAAGUGCCCUCAAUGUGACUCGAUCUUUGAUCGUGCCUCGCAAUUGGACUAUCACCAUCGGAGUUUGCAUCUGGGAGAAAGAUCCCAAAUAUGCCAGAUAUGCGGAAAGGGUUUCUUUCGCAAGGCGGACUUGCGCACCCAUUUGAACAUUCAUUUGGGAACAAAUUUUCACAUCUGCGAGAUCUGUGGCAGGAAGUUCAGUCACAUAUCAAAUCUUAUAAGACACUGUAGAAUGCAUACGGGAAUUAAACCGUACUUGUGUUCAAUUUGUGAUAAGAGCUUCACACAAAUGUCCUCACUAGCAAGACAUAAGCAAAUGAUACAUGGAAUGCCAAAGGAAGUUAUGCAACAGUAUUAUAAUUCUAGUCUUAUUAGUAAUAAAUUACAAAUCAACAAUUGUGCAUUGAAAGAAACUAAGACAAUAGAUAAUAACAUAAAAAAUAGAUUUCAUGAGACAUCUUAUAUGGAAGCAAAAUAUAUUAACCAGAGUGCUGCUACAGAUUCAAAUACAAAAGAUGAAAUAAUUUCUGAUCAACGCGAUGUUGAUGUGGACAGUAAAGCGUGUUUAUUCGAGAAUAUUAUUUAUGUCACAACAAAGCAGUUUGAAGAAAGUAAUUUAGCAGAAAAUGAGAGUACAAAUCGAUUGUCACAAAAUCAUUUUGCUGAAAUUGAAGAAAGACUUGGAUCUACCGAUUUGUCGAAGAAUAACACUGUUACUUCAAGUUCUUCUCAAGAUACAGUUAAUAAUCAAGAACAAAUACAAUCAAGGGGCAAUAUAACUUAUUUACAUCAAUUGGAUAAAGACAAUUUUACUUUCCUACCUCGAGAUAAAGAACCUAGUGCUGAUUCAGAAACUCGAAAUAAUGAAAACAUUUUAAGAUCAAGCAACUUAAAUAUAUGUAUGUCCCAAGAGACUUGUAAAGAAUCUUCUAUAAGUAAUGUGAGAAAUUCAUUAAAUAUGGAAACAAAUUUAGUAGAAACCUGUAAUUCCACUGACAUUUCGACGGACCAAAAAUUUUUGCAUAAACAAAUAAGUAAAGAAAUUAGUGAAAAUAGAAAAUGUAAUAAGCUAUUAAGUGACGAUGACAAUCAAUUGUAUAUAGAACUCUCCAAUUCAGGAAUGUUAAAAUUUGAUGAACCUCGAUAUUGUAAUAACAGCAAUUCAGCUAGUGUGAAUCUUAGUCACAUCGUUAAGUCUCAUCAUUCUGAAAAUGUCUCUGCUAAUGAAGUAACAUGUAUUGCCAAUGCUGUGCAAAAUCAGGAGAGCUUACUGCACAAUGAGGAGAAUUUAGAAAAUUUUAGUACUGGUAACACAAUAUUAAACAAUGAGGAACCAAUGUUGCGUUUAGUACAGACAGAGACUGGUCAACAAUUCUAUGAAUUUAUAAUAAGCAAUUUGGUAGAAAAAAUGCAGAAUGCUUCGUGUACAAAAAAUUUGGAAGAUACAAUGGAAAAUUCACCAAAUACCUUUAGAGAUAGUCCAAAAAUCAAUUCAAAUUUGAAAGAAAAUGAGAAGAGUGAUCAGAUAGAACAUCAACAAGCUCUGGACGGUCUUGUCGAUAUAAAUAACGAAUUUAAUUAUACGCAAUUUGAUUUUCAUAGAGAGGAAAAAAAUUGUGUUAUCCUAAGCCAUGAUGAAUCUGAACAUUUUAAACAAAAUUUAAAGGAUAACGAAUGUGUAAAUAACAUGCAAGAUAAAAGUAUGCAGGUCUACAAUUCCGGAAACUUGGAAUUACUGGAAAACGAAUCGCAUGUAGAUUUUGACAAAUACGUCGAAACUAAUCUGGAAGCAUUUGAAAAACUGAAUUACGAAAAUUGUAAUGAAAAAUUUUUAGAAUUUGUGGAAGUUGCUGAUAUCGGCAUAGAAUCCUCAAGUUACAAAGAACUCUCGAUGGUACGUUUGAUUCAAAAUGACGGUGAACACCUGUUGGAAUUAUUGCAGGAUUCUCAAGUUGAGCAGGAAGCAAAUCAAGAUUUCCUACAAGUUAAUAAUUUCAAAGAUUGUUCAAACAUUUUGCAAGAUAGUAAUAAAAUAACUGAUUGUCCCAAAAGUAAAUCAGAUUUCUUCACGUACGUCGAGAAUAAUGUGUCGGAAGAAAAUAUAAGUAGCAAUCGAGACAUAGAAAAUAUUGAAAGAUAUAUAGAUGACAGUAAUCGUCUGCCUACAGACGUAACGACUAUUGAAAGUACAAGUAAUAAGAAUUGUAUCAGAACAGUGAAAGAAUUGAAAAAACCAAAAACAAUUUUAAAAAAGUUCCAAUGUUCAGUAUGCAAGAAAGCAUUCUCGACGGCGUACAAUUAUAAACAACAUAUUGGAAUACAUUUUACCGAUCAGCAAAAAUUUCAUUGUAAAGAUUGUGGGAUGUCUUUUGCCUGGAAAUCUACCUUGAACAAACAUAUCACAAACAAUCAUAGCUCAAUCGGUCCUCAAAAGUUUGUUUGCGAGAUUUGUCCGAAGGUCUAUAGCACCUUGUCACAAGUAAACGAGCAUGUAAAGAGGGAUCACUUAAAGCAGCGCAAUCAUGUUUGCUUGCAUUGCGGCAAGUCUUUCUUCAAGAGAUUCGAUCUGAAGACUCACAGUAGAACACACACGAACGAACGUCCAUACGUAUGCCGGGUUUGUGGCAAGAGGUUUCAUCAUCAGAGUCACAUUAUUCGCCACGAACGCACGCAUUCGGGCGUACGACCGUACGUUUGCGACAUUUGUCAACGAACUUUUACACAGCCCAACUCGUUGAAGGCGCACAAACAGAAGCAUCAGCAAAUCCGGAUGGAUUUUCUGGAUUACCAGAUCGACGAAGAUGAUCCUAUUGCACUGGCGACGCUAUAAGACACGUAUCUAUGAGAUAAAUGUAAUAGCAAUGUUUCACUUGACGUAGGAAAGAAGCUGCAGAUGUAUAAUACUAGUAAUAUUAAUACGAAGAGUGUUUAAAAAGUUUUAUGAAUGAAUAUAUAGUUAAAUAGAAAAGUUAUUUGUAUGAUUUUAGUCAUCUUUUAUCAUAACAUCGGAGAAAUUUUAUUUUAUUCUUACAAGAUAUUCCAAAUAACUUUUCUUUUUAUUUAGAGAAGAGAAGGGAGUAGUGAAAUUCAUUUUUUUAAAAUAAUUCGAUAAAUAUUAACGUGCCGUAAUCCUUAUGAACAUCAGUUUAUUAGCUAUACAGUUUUACCAAUUACCCUAUAGAUAGUUCUUCGAGUAUGCAGAAUGAACGUAACUUACAAUUUACUGAAGAGGGAAAAAAGGAUGCGUUUGUGAGAUAGAAAAAAGAUCAUGGCAUAUUAAUAACUAAUAUAAUAAAAAGACAUUAAUUAUAAAAAAUCACAAAUUAAUGAUUCUUUGCAGCUCUUACUAAUAAAUGCCGCAAAAUAAGGUAUUAAGAACACUUUUUAAAAAUAUAUAUUUGAAAAGAAAAUUUUUUAAAAUAAUUUUUUUACUAGUAAGCGUUAUGCAAUGUCCACUAUGAAAUUAUAAAGUUACAAGAACGAUCAUAACAUUCAUAAUGCAAAGAGCGCGUGACCAUCAAGCCCAUACAUAAUAUAAUUUUAUAUGCCAAAUUUAUACAUUACGUCACACAUUAAAUUAUAUUAUUUGAAAACCAAAUUCAAGGCCUUCAAACUAGAUUAAAAUUAAGUUCCGAUCUACAAUAGGUGUAAUAUCUUAAGUCAUGAAAUAUUGAUUAAUUAUAAUCGAUUAUUCUCCUUAACUGAUUGAUCAAUUUCUUAUGGCUUAAGAUUUACUAUACUUAUUGUAAACAGAGACUAAAAAAUUAAUAUCUAACAUACUUUCCAAAAUUACUAAAGAGUAUAUACUUGCAAAAAUUUUGUUACCUGCUAAAAUUCAGCUUUUAUAAAAACGCAGUGAACACUAGUAAUGACUAGUAAUCAUCCUAGAAUGUCUAAAUAGAUUGUAACAAAGUAAUUUUAACGAUUGAUCUUAGAAUUCAACAGGAAUUAUACGAGAUAUCAUAGUAUCUCAUGUAAUUCUCAUUGGUAUCUCCACCAAUCCACACAACCUCCUUUUCUAUCUAUAUAUUCAUAUUUGCAGAACUUUUUAAACAACCCUCAAUUGUACAAUUUCUAUUUUAUCAGCGUUGUUACAGUCAUAUUGUUAUCUUUUUAAUUAAAACUGUUGAAAAACGUGGAA